GCGCUUUCAUCGAAGGCAAACCAAGAUAAGAAGAAGAGUUUGGUUGUUACUCCUUUUUCAUCUACCAUGGAGUCCCUGUCUUCAAUUCUAGAUGGAGACCAAGACGUCCAUAUUUUAGAAGUGGAAGACAAACUGGUACACAAGGGGCAACGUCGCAAAAGGGAGUUCAUACCUGAGGAAAGUAAGGACGACCUCUACUGGGAGAAACGAAAGAAGAACAACGAGGCAGCCAAACGGUCCCGGGAGAAGAGAAGGAUGAAUGGCUAUGUGCUGGAGUCUCAUCUCAUGGCCAUGAAAGAAGAAAACACCAGGCUUAGCGCUGAAUUAAUGGCCAUCAAGCUGCGCUUUGGCCUGGUCCCCCCUGCGGCCUACACUGCUCACCAGAGUAACCAGCUGCAGCGCCAUGUGCACAGAAGCACCCAGCCUAUCACUGCCACACAACACCCGUCCCUGCAGAGGGACUACUACUGGGGGGGCAGAGACUCUUAUGUUAUGCCAAGACACCAACCGCCACACCCUGUCUUCAUCCCUGCAUAUGCCCUCCAUGCCAUGAGAGGCUAUUCAUAUUUGAACACAUCUGGAACUACCGCCUCUGACCUACUCUCUCCCCUUGUCCUCCCUCAAAAUCUCCUGCCCACCCAUUCAUCCCGUCCAGGAGCUCCUCUACUGAAGCCCAUUCCUACGAGAGUGGCUUCAGAUGAAGAGGAGGAGCAGCAGGUCCCAGGCGUGUUUUCCCUGUCCUGCCCUGCUCCACCUCGCAAACUCACCUCCAGAGGAAGCAGAAACUACUCUCCACCAUGACAAUACAUGUCUGACUGACUGUCCAAUACUAGAGUCCGAUAUCGAUACCUGUAUCGGAAAUGCCUCCGAUACAGCUUAAAAUACUGGAUCGGGUAUCGGCGAGUAUGAGAAUCUAUGCAACGAUCCUAUAUCAUGUUAUCUUAUCAUUUGUCAGCUCAGUUACGCAACACAGAAACAAUAACAACACGUGUCACUCGCUACCCGAUCCGUACUCCUGCCUGAUCCGCACUCUGCAUUUACAAUUCUCAAAAGAGAAGAGAAAUAAGCAAGAUGGCUGUCGAAGCAGAUAACAACAUAAGUACUACGGCGUUCAUUUUCUGUAUGUAUUUGGUAAUGUUUUACAAAGGGCUUAACCU